ACCUGCCAAUGACAAUUAUGUAUCCUUAAGCUGAGUAUAUAUUGAUUCGUAGUAUGGAGACUUGCCAUGGGAAAAUGGAUAGUCUUACUGCUGUAAUUAGCUCUCAAUUCUGCGUUCCAGGCAACCUUCAUCUAACCAUUGUUCGAAAGCCGACGGGCUUCAUAAAAGGAAAAUUUAAGGUCACCGAUGAUAAAGGCAACUACGUUUUCAACGUGAAAGAGAAAAUGUUGAGUAUUCAUGGCCGCCUUCUCCUCCUCGACUCUGGAAGCAAUCCCAUUGUCACUUUCAAGAAAAAGAUCCUAAGUACUCGCAGAAGAUGGCAAGUUUUCAGGGGAGGUAGCUCAGACUAUGUUGAUCUAAUCUUCACCACCAAAAAUUCUUCGCUUGUCCAGUUCAAGAUUGAGUUAGACGUAUUUUUAGCCGGCAACGAGGGAAACAAUUCUUGGGAUUUCAAAGUGGUUGGCAACUGGGAUGAGAGGUCAUGCAUCGUGUACGAUAAGGAUUCUACACCCGUUGCACAGAUUCAGAAGAAGCAUACAUUUGGGGGCAUUGUGCUUGGGAAGGACACUCUCAAUGUGACUGUUUAUCCUCAGGUUGAUUAUGCCUUUAUAGUUGCCCUCAUUGUCAUACUUUAUGAAAUCAAACAGGAUACAGAAUAUUGAUGCCCGUAAACCACAUUGGCUGUACUACUUAUAUUAUUUAUAAGAAGAAAAAAAUUUAAGUACCGUUCCAAAUUCCGUAUGCCAAACUAAUUUGAAUGAACGCGUUGGGCCCCAUAUUUGUCAUAUAUGUUACCGUUUAUUUACACUAUUUUGGGCUCUACUCAGAAAUCACAACCUUGACUUGUUCAGGCUAUGCUAAUAUCUCCAGGCCAUCAGAAUACUUAUCGAUACUACUUAACAAUGGCAAUGCUUGAUCAGCUAAACUCCCCUUUUUUUUUCUUUUUGGUGAUCAUUUUAUCAGGAAUCUCCACAAAUACUUUGUGAGAAAGUUUUAUAUAUUCCCUGAUAAAAUAGAUAUAUAAAGAUAUGAAAGCACGAAUAAAUGCCCUUCAGAACACUUAGGCCAAGAUGCCAUGUGCAUGCACGGUCCCCACAGACAAAUUGACUAUUAGCUUUGAAUAUUAGAGGCUUAUCCUGAAAGUUAUAUCAACUUGUGUUUACUUUUCAAACAAGAACGGCGGAAUGAUUCCAGGUACAAGCAGAUCAACGCGUCCUGCUACUCCAAGCACCACACCAACAUGACAAACAGAGUUGACCGC